UGGUUUUGAAAAACAAAUUCUGUUUCCGAGCAUCGUGUGCAGUGUAAAACCCCAGUUUCUACGUACGAGUCUCUAAACCCUAGUUCUAGCCCCAUCAAACCAUCGGGAAGACGAAGAAGACGCCGAGGGAGUGACUGCGUAUCUGCGAAUCUAUUUAACGAUGGAGAAAGGAACCUCUUUUCUGUUCUCUGGCAUCACAUUCAACAGAAAGAAAUUCUCCGGCGAUUUCGAAAAGUUCAAGGAGAAGAAUGAAAGUAAUGAUUUAUUAAGUAAUGAGGUGAGCUUGAUCGGAAGCCGAAACAGUGAAAUGGAUGAGAUUACGAUGCCAGGGAAGAAGAGGAAGAGGAAGGCGAUGUUUUUGGAGCCGGUUGAAGGAUUCAAUGUCUUCAAAAGCUCAAAAUCAGCAGCUGUGACUCAGGAGAAUAACCAGACUGAGGAUGAGAUUGCUCAAGGGAAGAAGGAAUUAUACAGGAAAAUGGAGAGGGAUGCACUUGUCCGUAAGAAGCAUAACAUACACACUUCUGGGAGUAAUGUCCCAUCUCCUCUCCAGGAUUUUGCAGAGUUGAAAUCAAGAUAUGGUUGCAAACGGUAUUUAUUACGCAAUUUUGCCGAACUAGGAUUUAAAGAGCCAACCCCAAUUCAAAGGCAGGCGAUUCCAGUCCUUUUAUCUGGGCGGGAGUGCUUCGCUUGUGCUCCAACUGGUUCCGGCAAAACCUUGGCUUUCGUUUGUCCUAUGCUAAUGAAACUUAAGCAUGCUUCAAAGGAUGGCGUCCGGGCUGUGAUCCUUUUACCUACACGAGAGCUAGCUGCUCAGACAGCGAGAGAGUGCAAGAAGUUGGCUAAAGGAAAGAAAUUUUAUAUCAAGUUAAUGACGAAGCAGCUUGUUAAAAGUGCCGAUUUUUCAAAACUGCAUUGUGAUAUAUUGAUAUCAACGCCUUUCCGUUUACAGUUUGCCAUCCGCAAAAGAAAGCUUGAUUUAAGCAGGGUUGAAUAUCUCGUCCUGGAUGAGUCAGAUAAGUUAUUUGAACUUGACUUGGUGGAGCAGGUUGAUUCAGUGGUCAAAGCAUGCUCAAAUCCAUCUAUAUUACGUUCAUUGUAUAGUGCUACUUUGCCCGAUUCAGUUGAAGAGCUUGCACGCACGAUAAUGCACGAUGCUGUUCGUAUUAUUGUUGGCAGGAAGAAUGCUGCUUCUGAAUCAAUAAAGCAAAAACUGAUUUUUGUUGGAAGUGAAGAGGGGAAGCUUCUUGCUCUUCGUCAAAGCUUUGCAGAGAGUUGGAAUCCACCGGUGCUAGUUUUUGUUCAAAACAAGGAAAGGGCUAAGGAGCUUUACAGGGAACUAGCUUUUGACAACGUCAGAGCUGAUGUUAUACAUGCUGAUCUCUCCCAAAUACAGCGAGAAAAUGCUGUUGAUAACUUCAGGGCUGGCAAAACAUGGGUUUUAAUUGCCACUGAUGUUAUUGCCCGGGGGAUGGAUUUCAAAGGUGUCAAUUGCGUGAUUAACUAUGAUUUUCCGGAUUCUGCGGCAGCAUACAUUCACAGGAUUGGCCGAUCGGGCAGAGCUGGGAGAAGUGGAGAGGCUAUCACUUUAUAUACUGAGUCUGAUGUACCAUUUUUGAGAAAUAUAGCCAAUGUGAUGGCAGCUUCUGGCUGUGAGGUUCCCGCUUGGAUCAUGUCUUUGCCCAAAAAGAAGUGGAAGAAGCACAGGCCACGAAGAGAUGCUAUUUUGACCAAACCAAAGGAUGAGGAAGAAUAAAUACUUGUUGAAGCCAUCUUUUGGUACCAGAUAAAUUUUCCUGUUCGAGUUUGCUUGUUGGCGAUUGUGAUCCGUUUGGUACUUAAUCUUAUAAGUUAGCUGAUCCGGCACCGGUCUCUUCAGUUUUACCUCCAAUGGUUCUGUCCUGUAUCCAAAUCAAGGCCAGCUUUUGGUAUGAAGAGCAGUGAGUACUUCUCAAGGCCAGCUUUUGGCAUUGGAGAAAGUAUCCUUCUUGAGUUCUCUUGUUUGCAAUUGUAAUAUAUUUGAUGUAAUUUUGUGUAAGUUAGGUGAUCUGGUUCUAGCCCAUCAGUUUAAGGUCCUUGGACACGAGCAUGCCUCUAUUCAUUUUAGCCGAAAAUCUGCAAUAGAAAUGAAUAAUUUUUGCAUUUGUCUUCGCGACCAAUUGACCUGCUGAUGAGUACGCAUUUAUUUUGUUUUGUUGGAAAAAAAAUAAAUGUUGAGAUGUGGUUCAAACUCAA